AACGUCUCAUCCCACUCACACUCUUUGUCAGAGCACGGAGUUAUCCACCUCUGGCCACUGUAGCCGUUGCGAGGCAGCCUCUAUUUCCAGACGAACCCCUUACUCUUGGGUUUCCAUGCAAGAACAGUGAAAAAAGAUUAACAUUCGAUUAUUCACUUUCUUUGCUAACUGCUCAACUGAGACAGAAAACGUAGCCAGGCCCUAAAAGCAGAAGAGAACAAUAGCACAAUAAGUGAAAAUCUGAAGACUUCGCCUAUACCUGCCUACAAAUACCCUCAUAAUGUCGGGCGAGGACGCACCUGCUCAGCAGCAAAACGCCGAGGAACAGAAGCAAGAUACCAAACCUAGCGAUGAGCCGAAAACUGAGUCCAAAGCGGAGACACCACCUGCCAGUGCCGCCGAGGCGGCAGCUACACCCGCAGCGACCGAGAAGGUCCCCGAAGAAGAUGUGUUCACUUACCGGUCCCUGGUCCUUUCCGGCUAUGGGGGCUAUGAUAAAGUGAAGCUGCAGGUGAAGAAGGGGAAGCCUGCACUGAAAGCCGGAGAAGUCCUGGUACUAGUCAAGGCUUGUGGACUGAACUUUGCCGACCUGCUGGCCCGCCAGGGUCUGUACGACCGGCUGCCGUCCCCCCCUGUCACGCCGGGGAUGGAGUGCUCCGGGGUUAUUGAGGCUGUUGGAGAAGAGGUGACAGAUAGAAAAGUGGGCGACAAGGUCCUGGUGCUCAACCGCUGUGGCCUGUGGCAGGAGGUGGCAGCUGUUCCUGCCUGCCAAACCUUCCUCAUCCCCGACGGAAUGAGUUUCGAAGAGGCCGCCGCCAUCCCUGUCAACUAUGUCACCGCCUAUAUGAUGCUGUUUGACUUUGGCAACCUGCGUCCCAACCAGAGCAUCCUCAUCCACUCGGCUGCAGGUGGUGUGGGCAUCGCUGCAACCCAGCUCUGUCAGACCGUGAAGGACGUGACCAUUUUCGGCACGGCAUCAGCCAGUAAGCACGAGGCCAUCAGCCAGGGCGGAGUCACGCACGCCAUCGACUACCGCACACGGGACUACGUGGAGGAGGUCCGCAAGAUCAGCCCCAAAGGGUUGGAUAUUGUUCUGGAUCCAUUGGGAGGCUCGGAUACCCACAAGGCCUACAACCUUCUGAAGCCAAUGGGCAAGCUCAUUACCUACGGGGCGUCUAACAUGUUGGCAGGCCAGAAAAAGAACCUCUUGGCGGUGGCUAAGACCUGGUACCACCAGUUCUCCAUCCACACCCUCAGCCUCAUUCAGGGGAACAAGUCUGUGUGCGGCUUCCAUCUGGGAUACCUGGACGGGGAGAUCGAGCUCAUUAGCCAGACCAUGAACUCCCUCCUGGAACUCUACCAACAGGGCAAGAUCAAACCUCGCAUCGACUCUACCUACCACCUGGAGCAGGUGGGCGACGCCAUGAGGAGGAUGCAGGAGAGGAACAACAUCGGCAAGGUGAUUCUCAUCACCGAACCCAUGGAGGAGGAGGAGAAGAAGAAGGAGGAGCCCAAGAAAGAGGAGAAAAAAGAGGAGAAGAAGAAGGACGACAAGAAGAAGGACGACAAGAAGAAGGAGGAGAAGAAAGAGGAGAAGAAGAAAGAGGAGCCCAAGAAGGAGGAGAAGAAGGAGGAGGAGAAGAAGGAGGAGCCCAAGAAGGAGGAGAAGUGAGGGUGGAGUGGAGUCAGGCAGACCGUCAGGGGGGCUCUUGUCCUGGG